AUGAAUCCUACCUUCCGAUCCCCCAACUCGCCUGAGCGUCAGCGAGUACCUCCUGCCCCUCGAUACCCCCGACCUCCAUCUGAUGACGAAGAGGACGACUCUGAUGAAGACGAAUUGGUUCGCCCCGGAUCCUCCGGUAGUGACGCCUCUUCUAAUGUGACCACCGUUUCCGCCGCUCCUGUCACUCCGAUCAAUACUCAACUGCCCACCGGUAGUUACUUCCCUCCACAACCACGUUCGGCCACUUCACCUCAUCACCCUAUGCCGAACCCAACAGGGCGAAAGCCCUCCGGCCGGGGUCCCUCUAUAGAGCUACCCCGGCACCGAUCACGGCAUCACUCACAGGGUUUCUUUGAACCAUCCUUGCCGACCACCUCCUCCGACCAGGCCCCUACUGUGUCAGCCUCGCGGAUCGCCGCCCAGGCAGCAAUGCAACAGAUGAAAAGGCAACAAAGUUCUAUGCCUCCGAUAGAAGAUGGUUCCCGUCCUAGGCGCAGCGGAAGCGCCUCACCUCCUCUCAUGCCGCCUCCAUUGCGUGUCAAUCAACCCUCCCCGCAACCGCCUGCACCAUCAGGGAACGUGGCUACAACAGCAGCGAAUGUGGCGUUCCCGCGAGCCGGUGCCACGCCGAUAGAACAACAGCCCGAGAAACAGAAGAAGAAGAAGCUUUUCUCAAAACCAAAACACAUCGGAAUCAGUCAUAAAGAUCUGGGCAAAGACCGUGCGCUUCCCUCCCCGAGCAAGAUCAGUGGGUUAUCGCGCAUGGUCAGCGGCUCGACUACGAACCUAACCGACUUGUCGUCAAACAACUCAUCGAUGUACAACCUGUCCAAUGCAUCCGUGAGCACAGUCGUCCCCGCGGAUCGUCAGCCACUUCCAGAGAAGGAAAAGGAAAAGGACAAAGACAAGGACAAGCACAAGCAUCAUUUCCUGUCAAGGCAGAAACUCAAAUUAAAAGACCGUGUCGAUGACCACUUCAACCUCCCUCUAUCAUCGGCUUCGAGUAAUUCUCGUCCGGCAGACCCCAAUGCCCCGCAAUCUUUAUACUCCUUUACACCUGCGUCUCCGGCCCCUGGGGUGACAUUUGGCAAGUCGGUCAGUGGGCUGGAUCUCCUGCAUGGCGGCCGAGCACUGCGUGAGAAGAAGAAGGAGGAGAAGGCAAUCGCCGAGUCGGAGCAGUUGGAAUGGCUGGCCAACAAUGCUGGUGCGCCCACGGCACCCGGUGGCUUCCCAGGUCCAUCUUCAGUUGGUAGUUCGGGAACAUUCCCCGAUUCUAUUCUCCGAGAGACCUUGCAAGGGUUUGGGUUGAAUAAUAUGACCCCAGAGGAUGCGUGGGACUUCCUUAAAGCGAAGCUGCUGGUCAUCUUCGACGGCGAGGAUGUGCGCAUUGCUAUUGAAGAUCUCAACAAGCUGGUACUCGUUCACUUGCAGCGAUGUGUACUCAAGAGGGCCCCUGCUUCUAUUGUAAUAGAUCUGCAAGAACUUCUACACACUGGCUUUGCGACUUUGAAUCACAGUUCGCUGGCUGGCCUCCCAGAUGAAAAGCUGAUCCCGCAUCUGGUUCAAGUGUGGCUGCUGGUGUUUGGCACGAUUCUGCCUUUCAUCCAAGCUGUGUUUCUCCCCUUGGAUCUCGAGUUCAAGGGGUGUGGAUCCUUAAUGACUAGCCGAGAAGCCGGUGAAUUCUGGGGUGCAUUGCCUGUUGGUGGGUCACUCGAUGUACGAAGUCUAGUCUUGAUUGCCUUCCGUGACUGCAUUAUCAUGAACCGCUACGAUGCUCUCAAAACAACCUUCUCCCGGCUCAGCCUAGACUCCAUCAACACCGGAUUCCCAACGCUCAGCGUCACAACUAAGAGUACCGGCACUGGAGCGCGUCCUGGCACUGCAGCCUCCCUCGACGCUGGCCUCGGUAGCUUCAACUCGCAGUCAUCCACGCUUCUCAGCACCAUCGCCGACAGUUAUUCCUCCGACGGAAUAAGCGCCAUGGCCAACCACCCACGUCCAGCAAGCAGUGACUCUCGCAGUCGCGCUACCUCAAACACAUCUUCCAACGCAGACCCACUUUUCUUCCAGUCCAUCGCAUCGCCUGCAACCUCCAACAGUCGACCCACCAUCAUUCACCGCGGCGCCGACUCCUCUCACGUUAUCACAGAGACCGUCGGCCGCAUGUUACAAUGCAUUAGUGUCCUGGCCAGCGUGCAAACAGCCGACGAUGCCCAGGAGCGGAUGGAUGUUCUUAGCAAAGCUCUCAAACAUAACUGGCUUGGCCGCGGCCGCACAGGCCGUGAUCGUCGCGGCUUUGUCGGUGCUAAGAUCCGACCUGUGAUGGUCGGCGGUCCCCCUGUUAUCGAUGAUACCGAUUCUUUGACUACGGGUGGAAUCAGCAUCGGUGCUAGCACUAGUACAGGUGGAUCCCGGGGGCGAGGUGACUCUUCAUCGUCGGAAUGGAGCUCCAAUGUUCCAGGGCCUAUGAGUAUGCGUAGUGGUGGUAGACGAGAACUGAGUGUUCUCUAG